ACCUCCAUUGGGCUGACGGCUGAGUGCUGACCGCUGAAGGAAGAAAGUAGAAACCCAGAAGCGCCACCGGCCACAUCUUUUUGGCACAUUUUCUUAUAAUAUAAAUAAAAUGUUAAAUGAUAGUUCGAAGUUCGAACUUGUUUAUACUUUGGCUUUCUAAUAUAAUAUGACGGUUUAAAAACCACACACAAAAUUGGUAUAGAUGAUUUUAAGAAAACGUUUACUAACUACAGAUAAGAGUGCAAAUGGACAAAAUCCAAAUAAAUUGAUAGUUGUUUAAUGUUAAUAAGUUAUUUAUAGCACUGACGGAUCCAAAAUUCCGCAGUCCGCUAAAGCUAAACUGAUAGUUAUUAGUUAUGGAGGUGAAAGCGCUGAGUUUAUAAAGUGGUUUUGGAUUUUUUGGAAAUAUUUUUGAUCAUCAUGGAUGCAACUAUAAUCUUAAAAGGAAAUAGUUUGGGUGAAAGGCACCAAUACUUUAACCAUCUAGUUAAGGAGUAUUGUAAUAAAAAUAAAAACUUUGAGAGUUUACCCAAAACUAGCCCUAUUGACAACAUGUUAAAAAUUGAUGUUGCCAAUCACCAUAAAGAUGUUGCAUAUAUAUUAAAAACUUUAAGAAAUGAUGACAUGCUUUAUGUUAGCAGAGCUUUAAAAUCUCACUGGUUACUAAAUUUUGAGUACUCUUACAUAAUUAAUCCAGUCUACUUAGAAGCUAAUCUAUUCCCAGAAAUGAGCAAACCAGGAGUAAAUAAAAUGAAGCAUUGGAUAAAAGCAAACUUGAAAGAUCCUCAGAGAUGUGAAGAAUUUUAUACAUACUAUAAAAAUGAUUUUGAAGAAUCAAUCAAAUACCUUAUAAAUUGUUCUUCACUAUUCAUUUUAAAUGAAGUAGUGAAUAUUAUUGAAAAGUUAACACCAAAGCAUUUGAAAAUGCUCUGUCAAAUCUGUCCAUCUGUUGCUAAAGCUUAUUUUGAAUGUUUGCUUAAAAAUAACAAUGCUAUAAUGAAAUAUAGAGAGCGUGAAUCUGAAUACUUUGAGAGUUUAAAAUGUAUUCUUAAAUUAGAUGGAAAUUUAUAUUUAGAACUAAUUGAAUUCUAUUAUACUCAGGGUCGUCUAAGUCCAACUGCAACUAAAUAUAUUGUAAAAAAAUUUAAAUUUAAUUUUAUAGCUAAACAAGAAUUGUAUACAUCACAAAUUCUGGAUGUUAAAACUUUAGCCACAUGUUUAACACCAAAUGAAUGUAAAGAUCUAGUAUUUCAGCUUGCUAAGGCAGAAUAUUUACAGGAUUGGUUUUCUUAUAAAUCUGUGGAACCAUUAAUUAAAAGAUUAUCUCUCGAAGAAAGAACUUGUUUUAAGAAACUGAUAUUUACUGAUAAAGCUGUUGGAGAAAAAGUCAAGGAAUGGCCUUACAGAAAACCAGAAUGUCCAAAUUUCAUUAACAUUACUGACCAUAUAUUUGAUGAUGAAGAAUACAAUGAGUUUCAAUAUUACUGCUAUGAGGAUGAAGAAUGCUGCCCUGCAAUGGGAAAAAUGCUGGUUAAAAAGAAAUUUUCUCGUUAUUGUUCUAUGAUCAUGGAUCAUAGUGUUGUGAAGAAGAAAACACUGCUUGAUCAGCUGUUUGAUAAAUAUAGAUUUGCAGGAUUCUCAAAGACUUAUGCUGAGCUUAAAAAUCGAUUGCAAGCUGAAAGUACCAUUGAAGGUAGACACAAUAUUUUACUUGUUCUUAUCAGCAAGAGUGGUGGAGUUUUUGAACAUGUAGAGACACUACUGAAAUUGCUGACUGAGAAGCAUAAAAAUGAACCCAGUAAUCUUCGAGCUACAGUUGUAAGGUCUCUUAUAAAAAGGCUUAAGUUUUGGAGAAUGCCAGAAGAUACUUGGAGUCUCAUGCUCACAUUUGCACAUGGGUUGGGACUAGAUGGCCAUGAUGGUAAUCCAUUGUGCAUUGAAGGAUUGCAUGCUGUUAUACUUCGAAGUGUUUUAAAUGGAACCACACCAACAGAUGACCUAAUGAAAGCUUACUUCAAUCACUUCACCACUUUCAAAGACUUUGGUUUAAAAGGAUCUGAAGUAAUGGAAGUGAAAAAACAUUUGCCAACUCUACUUCAAGGACGGCCAAAAGAGUUUGUGGAUGUAGUCUCAACAUAUAAAAUUAAAGAUAUUACUAAUCUUGAAGACAAUUUGGCAAAGUCAGCUAUUGGUAAUGAGGAUUUAAUAAAUUCUUUGUUUGACAAAAGAAUAGCAAGAAGGCAACUUAUUGCAGAUACCUUUCCAAUUAAACAAUUCGAAGCAUCAUACAUUAAUGCUUUACGCCAUGAUCCUUCAUUAUUAGGUGAUGGCGUAAUCUUUGCUUCAUUAGCCGUAAAAGAGAACACAAAUCAUGAUCGUUUCUUACGAACACUUAAAAUUUAUUUUGGAGAAGCAGCUGGUCUUGCUGAUCAACAUCUCGCGGCUUUAAUCAAUGCUUUAAACAUUGCACCUAAAUCAAGUUUGGUCCGCCCCAUAGCGAUGUUGUCUAGCACUGAAAGUAUAAUAAAAAAAAUAGACGAAUUAAGAAAAAAUAAAAUUAAGGCAGAUCGGAAACUCGCUUCUGGUUUUCAAAAUAACAUUCAUACAUGUAAGCCACAUAUUAACAUUGAUAAAGUUGACUGGCAGAUACUUGGUUUAAAAGCUGUGGGAAACAAUAUUCUAGUCAGUAAAAGUUGUUCAUUGGAGGACAAUAUAAAGUCAUGUCUCCAGCGACGUGAAACUUUUUCUUUAGCAUUAAGACUUGCGUUGAAUACAGCUUUUGAAGUAGAAACAUUUAGUUUUGUAGUAGUAAGAAGGCCUAAGAUUGUGAUUAAAGUAGCUGUGUCAUACUACUUUAAUGCAUCACUUACUAUACCACCUGAAAUGUGGAAAAUAGUAAAGGAAAUAAUAAUGAGAUUUGACUAUGACAAAUUGCCGCGAAAAGUUCUAAAACACUUAAAAUACGAAAGCCAAAUUCCAAAAAACAUUGAAGCUGAUUACUGGGCCACAGUUUAUCAGGCACUCAUGCGUGUUAAACGUAAGAAAGCUAUGCGUGCUUUAUGCAACGUAGAAAAAAUGUUACACCAAGUUGAUAAAGAUGUAGUAACCAAAAUUGUUAACGAUUUUAUUCAAAACGAUAUAUCUGUUGAAAAUCUAACCAACUAUGACAAUUUAUAUAAGCGUGAUAUUGAGAUUGACAAACCAUCAGAUGUUAUAAACAACAACAGUAUGUGUUUGUACAUGAGAAUAAUUGCAAAGUACUUACUUUUUGCUACAAGUAGUGAAGAACAAUGCGAAAUUAUAAAAAAUACUUUAAAUCCGUUCUUUGAUCACAUUGAAAAAAUUUGGAAAGAUAUGGAAGAUAAAUCGUACAUAGUUAAUUGUUUGGACGACUUUUUAAAAUCGUUAAAAUGCACUCAAGCCUUUAAAGAUACACGAUAUGUGUCCUGUGAACUUGUUUUUACUAAAAUUACAUCAAGGUUAAGUUCCUUCAUGGCACUAAAUGAAUACUUCUACCAAUAUAUGAAAAUAAAUUUUACACAAUUGUACUGCAGCGCAAUAAAAUCUGCAUUAAAACAAAAUCCCCACUGCUUUGAAGGUGAUGAUAAAACUGAGGUUAUGCACAUAGUUGGAACCAAAUUCGGAGAACAUGUUGGAAAUGGAAUCGUAGAUUUAGUCAGCGAAUAUUUCUUCUCCAUUAUAGAGAUAUACAAGGAAGGGCUCAAAUAUUUCCUUUCAGAAUAUAUUCCAUAUAAAGAAAGUCGUUUAAAUUUCAUAGCCACAGUGACAAGAGGUAUUUUGAAAAUAAAUAAAUUGGAAGCCUAUUUGAUCGCUGAGAGCCUUUAUAGAGAAUACAAAACUACUUGGACUAAUGCCAAGGAUAUAACAGAAACAUUGCGGUCAUGUAAAUAUCAGGAAGUGAAAUGUUUCUUAAGUCAAGACAACUUUGCUGAUUCAAACAAUUUUUAUUUUUAUUAGCAUCAUCAAUCGUUAUUACUUUUUGUAAAUUAUAAUGUAUUUUAUUUCGCAGCUUUUUUCGAAUGUGAUAUUUGAAUUUUUUUGCUUUAAUUUAUUAUUAACUCUGGUUAUAUAAUAAUAAUAAAACUUUAUUUAUGACAAAUGGGUUUGUGACAGAAAUCAUAAAUCGCUAGUCCCCACACUAGGGAGGCCCUGUGUUGUGGGUGGGUAACUAGAAAACAAUUAUUACGUGGUACAUGUUUAAAUUAGUUAAAAAAAAGAUGAUAAUAAUAAUAAUGGUUAUAAAUUUAGUGUUACAAAUGAAGUAUUUAACUUGUUAUGCCUUAACUAAAAUAUAUGUAGAAAGUUUGCAGUGUAACUGUAAUUUUACUAUUAUGUUGGUUAAGAUAAUCUAAAUAAAAAUAUGUUUCUAAU